UUUUAAUUUUUUUACAAAUGUUUAGUAAUUGUCCCACAAGCAAAAUCUGCAAGUUUUAAACAAAAGUUGUCACAGACUGAUGAGUACCAUGUGGGCUUAAGUUCAAGAAUAAAAGACUUGCAAACCUCUCUAUUACCUAAAUGCUCCCUGUAUAAUCACCUUUAUUUAUAGAGCCCCUUACAGGCAGGAGGCAUCAUACCAAAGUGCUGCACAGUAACAAAUUAAAACCGAUCAAAUCAACAGACAGUUAAAACCAACAAGUAAAAACCAUAAAAUCGUGUAAAAGUUCAACAUCUAAUCCAGAGAGUUAAAAGCCAACCCAUAAAAGUGGGGCUUCGACCUGGAUUUUAAAGCUGCUACUGAUGGAGAGAGGCUUACAGAUGGGGAAAGUGUGCUCCUACAGCAAUUUAGGACAGGUGCUGCAGGCAGGCCAGGAUUCCUCUUGACUUUAAAUGACACUGGUCAUUUUAAGUACAAUAAAUUUCCUUUUUACUUUGCCAACAUUUCCAAUAUUCCAGUAACGUGUGUUGAUGCCUGUUUAAUUAAAUGUUGGUGAAAGAUUAUUGCAAUAAUUUGCUAAACUAUUGUUACAAUAUUAUGUAGAAAGAUUCAGGCCCACCAUGUCAUUCUUCUACUGGUCCAGCAGGCCGCAGCGUUGCUGCUCACGAGCUCGGGUUAAAGCGUCGGUCACGUUGGAUGAGCUGUUGCUAGGCAACGACGUAAACGACAUGACAGAGCUGCAUCAGGCGGCAGCAGCUGGAAAUAUUGGCAACGUUAAAAAGCUCCUGGCUCAGAAGUACAACCCGAACCAGAGGGACAUCGACUGGGGCGACAAGACACCGCUCCACUGGGCAGCAGCUAAAGGACACACAGAGGUUGUGAGGAUCCUCGUGGAGCACGGCGCCAGACCGUGUCUUAAGACGGAGCACGGAUGGACUCCAGUCCACUUUGCUGCAGAAGCCGGCCAGCUGGCUGUGCUGCAACUGCUGCACUCUGUCCACGCACCAAUGGACAAGGAGGACUGCUGUAGGGAAAAACCAGUGAGGUUGGCCGAAAUAUAUGGACACCGAGGUUGUGUUCAGUUCCUCAAAAAAGCAGAGACAGAGUGUCAGGCCUACCGCAAAAAAGCAGCUCAAGAAGGUAUUUCAAUGGAUGACACAGAUGAAGAAUGGGCAGAACGAAGUAAAGAAAGGGAGAAUAACUGGACUACUGAGAGCAAAAAUAAGAAAAUUUACAAAACAAAGUUUGAUAAUCAUUUAAAACUUGCACUAUAGUCUCUUCUAAUGUGUGAAUUAAAACAUGCAACACAAUAUAACCUCAUUCAUAUGACAUCUGUAAAUAGCGUCAUCUAACUUAUUAAGAUCUGGGGCCUCAUGUGCAAAGACAGCUUAGAUCGAGAAAACGGUAUAUGCACAAACAAAUUCAGACGAAUGAAAGUGAGCACACGCUAGUGAAUACCAGGAAUCUCAUCUUCACAUAUAUUCUUGCAAAUUUAAACAUGCAAAUAGAUGCACACAAGUCCUACAUGUCUAAUUAUUAUCUGCACAAUUAAAAAUCAUGUGUAUCUGUGGGAAUGAAGAGAACAGCAGAAGACAGGUAGUUCCUCAGUUCGUUAGAACGAAAGAUUCGUUCAUUAAAUCAGGUCACUUUCGCACAAUCGUUUUAUCCAAUUUGAGCGAAUGAGUGUUUUCAGUAAAUAUUUUCACCGUGUGAUGCCAUUCUUAAGUUAUAUGUGUGCAGCCGAUGGCUCCAGUCACAUCACUGGCUAUCGCAGCAAAUUAUGUUUAAUGUUUAACUGCCUUUUAUGGGAAUUUGGAAGAGCCAUACAGAUAAUCUCAUCCCACACAACUGAUAUGACUCAGUUCAGAGCUGACUGGGCCAUUCAGCCUGGAGCUGCACACUUUUCAUAUGUCAUUUUUAUUAUUGAUACAUUUGGAGUUUUGCAUGGGAAGGUGCAUACCCACUCUGCACAGGAAGCCUCAGAUGUCACUAAUGUAUAUAAAAAGCAAAAGACAGAUAAAUAUAUGUUUUAGCAUGAUUAAUGUGCAAUAAAAAUGUAUGACUGACA